AUGACGUCUGCCAGUCUAAGAAAAGCGACCUUCAUUUCCCAGAAGCUGAAAUUCUUGAAAGAUCAGGGAGACCUUCUUAUCAGCUUUGUUGGGCAGUAUGUCAGUGAGAUAGUCACGACCGGAGAGUCAUGGACAGAAGGGGGAGAUAACACGAUGGGAUACUGGGAGUUAUGUCAGCUGAUUGACACUGCAGUAGUGUACCUAAUGGAAAAGUCUGAAGAACUAUCAGGUGCGGCAGUGAGUGUUGCAUCAAACCAAAAUCUUGCGUCACCUCGUGAGCAGUCGGGUCCGACUGUACAGUCAACAGCAGCCACUAUUUCAGCAACAUCCUGCACACAACCAACAAUACCAAGAACAGUGACAACAUUCAACAGACAAUCUACAGAGUCUGUUCUGCCUGCAG